AGAACACGUGCGUUUUCAGUUUUAGUUGUUUUAGUAAAGUAUGAUGAUGUGUGAGAGCGAUAACGAAAGUGAGAACAAUUUGUCGGCUCACAUUUCUGUUUUUGAGCAACGCGCAUACAUUGAAAUCGAAACGAUUCGUGGUAAAACAGUGCCUGAAAUUCAUGCCGCGUUAAAUGAAGUGUGUGGAACGGAUACUGUGGAUCGUAGUACGGUGUAAAGAUGGCAUCAGCGAUUCCGUGAUGGUCGUAUAAGUAUUGAUAACAACCCUCGCUCUGGCCGACCCUCUACGGUUACUCAAGACAACACUAACGUGGCUAUAAUUGUCACUGAUCGAGUUCCAAUUGGCAGUAGUGUAACCGGGGAUUACUACAAAACAUUCCUUGCCAAAAAAUUGCGACCAGAAAUCCGUAAAAAGCGACCAGGAAUGUUACAAAAUGGUGUGUCCAUAUUGCACGAUAAUGCGCGGCCGCAUAUCGGAGCACCAGUCGUCGCUCUUUUGGAGAAAUAUGGAUGGAAACGCCUCAAACACCCACCGUAUUCGCCGGAUUUAAGUCCCCCGGACUUUAAAUUAUUUACAAAACUGAAGGAACCACUUAGAGGGAUCCGUUUUCCCAACUUAGAUAUACUAAAUGAAGAAGUGAGCCGAAGGAUCCGUGAACUCAACAAAGAUGGCGUCCUAUGCGGCAUUCAAGCGCUCCCGAAACGAUGGCAAUCGUGUAUAGACAAGCAGGGAGAUUAUAUCGAAGGUCUAUAAUAUUGUAUUUAGUUUAAAAUAAAAACUUAUUUAUUCAGAGC